AUGAGGUCAACGACAACUUUUCUGUCUCUACUGGUCGCCGCCAGCGCGCCCGUCGUUCUUGCUGCACCUAUCCCUGGCAACCCGUCUGCUGGGUGGGAGCGCCGCCUGGCCGUAGGUGCCAGCCGCAAAUUCCUCCGUCUGCAUGAACUGUCGCCCGAAGCUGCCGCUGCCCUGGCCGAUGAGGCCGGCCCGAACGCCAUUGUCAUUGACAACCGCCACUACACUCCGUCCGGUGACUCUGAACCGUCAGCCGUACUGGCCACGCCUCGCCCAAUCGUGACGACGUAUCUGAUGGGUCUGGGUGCCACCAAGCCCCGUGUUGCGAAGACGACGAAGUCUGCUAGUACAGGAGGAGACGCCACCCUGGCAGACGCGCCCGUGCCUAUCCGCCUCCAGAACGCAAACGAAGGCAUCGAGGUUGUCAUUAUCGACGCCGACGUUGAGGCCGCCCUCGAGGCUGCCAAAGCCAUUGCCGGCACGCCCAACUCCUCGCCCGUCAUUUCGCCCGUGGCCGUUGAUCCGCUCGACUCGGCAGAGCAGGCCGCCCUGCUGAAUGUCGAUGUUCCGGAGUCUGUGAAGAUGGAGUCCCAGCCGCUCCACCACAAGGCCCGGCCCGCAACCGACGUGCCGUGCCAGUAUGCACAACUGCGCCGGGAAAACGACAUGAUGGUCAUUGGCCUGGUCGCCAUCUUCCUGCUUGUUAUUGUGGCUGUCGAGCUCUAUGAGAGCAGCACGGAGCGAAAACCCGCACAGGAUGCCCCCGUGGGUGCCAUUAAGCUGGAUAUCGACGAGAUCUCAGAGAAGCGUCCGUUGUCUGUGCAGGCAUCUCCUGUCUCCCUGACAUCAACCGAGCAAUAA